AUGUCUGCGUCACCUCUUGUCACUGUCACCCACAGCGCCUCCAGGCCGCACAAGGAUUGCAUCACCCGCUUCGCCUCCUUCGACGCGCUGUGUCACACUCAGCAGAAGUCGGACGCGCACGCAUUGCUGCGCAAGGAGUUGGAAGCAAAGUUACCGCGACCCUCUCCACACAACGACGUGGUAGCAGUGGGAGACGCAGUGAUCGAGCGCGUGCUGCAGUUCCUCGGUCCCGUUAGCCGGAAUGCGGCAGCGUUCGCCCAGACGUGCCGCUUGGUGCGCCGUGCGCUGCUCCAAGUGAUGAACCUCGAAGUCAUCGUGGUGACUCCGACUAUGGUAGCCGCAUCUGCCCUUUCGCGUAAGAGUGUGCGCAGAGCUCUCAUCACCUUUGCUGCGGGACGAAGCACGCAAGUGCGGACGUUGGUGCUGCAGGAGGACAGCCUCAAAGCCGUGAAGCGGGAGUGCAACGGCGGAACCUCAGCCGCCUGUCUCACCCUGCCGGCGCCGUGGGUGCUGCAGCUCAUCUCACAGCUGCCCUACCUCACCGAGCUUGAUAUGCGCCACGUGCAACUCACAGAAGCGCAUCACUCUCAGGUGCUCCACUACCUGCUGAGCGACCUGCACCUGGCUGCUGUCGGCACCUUGUGCACGCUUAAGGUGGAUGCCGAGGUCAUGCGCUACUGGGCGCCAGGGUGGUGGCGCCGCCUCAUCAACCUCUCCUCGCUGGUUGUGGGCAGCCGCUACUGUCCCCCUGAGCCCACAUCCGACGCCACCGCCAUCUCUCCGUCUUUGCUGGAGCUGCCGGCUGACUAUUUCGCCCUCAUGGGUGAGGAAGAUCGACACUGGCAGCUAAAGCUGUGGGUCCCGCUAAAGGCGGCUUCUCUCAAACAAAUUCUCAUGCCUGCCAGCGGCACCAGCUUCGCAGGUGUGGUGGAGCUUCUAGUCAACAUGCGGCACAACGAACGCACAGGUGAUUGGGCUGAGGCUGCCGCUGCGGACACGUCACCACUGCCGUCGUCUGCCGCUGCCGCUGCUUCGGGCGCGGCCUCGGAACCGCCUUCGGAGACUCGCAACGGCGCUGCAUUGUGCAAGCCCGGCACUGCUGCCGCGGCUGGCACCGAGUUGGGCGAACCGUUCGUCUACCCUGCGCUGACAACAAUGACUGUAGUGGACGUGCAAGAGAGGCCAGAGGUGGCGGCUGAUGUGUGCCAGGCACUGCUGGCCAUGGCCCCCGCACUCGUCCACUUUAACGUAUGCGACUCAGUGUCGGCUGGCACAGCGAGCGAGCCCCCAAAGAAGCGACACGGCAGGGGUUAG